AUCAGAAAACACAAGAAGAAAAGAAAAGAGUGCUGCCGCCAGUUUCUGGAAUUUCCGUCCAGAUUUGAUCAAGUGCUCCGAUCAACGAGCGUUUGUGGUCCGAUUGAGCUGAAAUUUUGUGGGGAUGUCCAUGACACGUGAAUAUUCAUUAUGAACGGUGGAGAUCAGAUUCUGAGCAUCUGGUGGUCGUUUUUCAGCCCGUGAACAGUAGCCUCCUCUUUGGUGAGAUCUUUCUUUUAUUAUUGUAGAAGUUGAUUUAAGCCAAGAAAUUGUAUUUCUUGAAGAUGAUUGCUGAUUGUAUGCCUCUAGUUGAGACUAGAGAAGACUUAUGUAUUCUGUAAUUGUUGAUAGUGGAAUUGUUUGAGUGACCCAGUAAUUUUUUCUUCUUACAUUGAGAAGGUUUUCCAUUUAAAAAUUAUGUGUCUUAUGCUCAUGGUAUUUGAAUAUAUAUUUUGCAUAUAUAUUGCUCUAUUUAGUAGUUUCAUUGUAGAUUCACACAAAGAGAGAUUGGGUAUCGUUGUUUCUCCCAUCACAUAUACCAAGGAAAUCGGAAUUUGUCUUUCAAGCUUUUUCCAGUUCGUGUCGAAAGCUGCUGUCUUCACAGGUCGUGGCCUCAUGAGCGCGUCCUUUUUCGGAAGAGUCGUCGGUUGUUGGGCCCGACGAAGUUCAUUGAACGUAAAAUUUGCACAGCCUUUGGAAUUUGAAGCAGGUUCAAUGCUCUCGUUGAAGUCAAAAUUAUCGUACUGUACACGUGUGUCCCACAAGUAGAAAACAGACACAAAGCAACGACAUAUUAGCCGACUUAUAAUCUUCAUCGGAAGGACCACCAUGAAUCCAACAAAAGAGUUAUUGAAUACAUGGUUGCUUCUCUUCCUCUCCCAACUUAUUUUCCGAAUUUGCAUUUCCCUUGACACCAUUUCGCCGGACGAGUCCAUUAAAGAUGGUGACAUCCUAGUUUCGAAAGGUUUUACCUUCGCACUUGGGUUUUUCAGCCCUGAAAACUCUAGCCGCCGCUACGUCGGAAUAUGGUACAACAAAGUUCCUGAACAAACAGUUGUGUGGGUAGCAAACAGAGACAGCCCUCUCAAUGAUACCUCCGGAGUCCUCUCCAUCAACAGCCAUGGAAACCUCGUCCUCAACAGCAAAAACCGAAGCACUCCUAUCUGGUCUACAAACGCUUCAGUCUCAUUCACGAACAAUUCUAUGGCGGCUCAGCUCUUAGAUUCUGGAAAUCUUGUUUUGGUUCUACGAGACAGCCAAAGGAUUUCAUGGCAGAGCUUCGACUAUCCCACGAAUACUCUGCUUGGGUUCAUGAAACUUGGGCUGGACCGGCGGACCGGAUUGAACCGGUACCUAACAUCUUGGAAGUCCAAAGACGACCCGGGAACCGGCAACUGCUCAUAUGGGAUUUACCCAAAUGGGUACCCACAAUUGUUCUUGUACAAGGGCGGGACUCCCUUGUGGCGGGGCGGAUCUUGGACCGGCCAAAGAUGGAGCGGUGCACCCAUGAGGAUAACUAAUUUCACGAAUCUGAGUUUUGUGGACAAUCAAGAUGAGGUCAUCGGCAUGUACGGCGUAACUGAUCCAAAAGUUUUCACAAGAGUGGUGCUGGAUGAAUCAGGAGCCCUUGAGCGGUUCACAUGGAACGAUAACAAAUGGGUCGUGUUUUGGUCCGUCCCAAAAGAGUGCGAUAUGUACGGAGAGUGCGGUAAGAAUAGUUACUGCGACCCAUACGAUCCUGACAAAUUCCGGUGCACGUGCUUUGCCGGAUUCGAACCCAAGUCGACCCGUGAUUGGUACUUGAGAGACGGGUCAGGCGGGUGCGUGAGGAGGCAAGGAGCAUCCAUGUGCCGAAGCGGGGAAGGGUUUGUGAAGCUGGCACGUGUGAAGGUGCCGGAUACUUCAAUAGCACGUGUGGACAUGAGUUUGAGCUUAAAGGAAUGUGGGGAGGAGUGCUUGAGGGACUGUUCUUGUACGGCUUACGCCAGCGCAGACGAGACAAGGGGAGGGAUUGGGUGCUUGUCAUGGCACGGGGAUUUGGUGGACACAAGAACGUAUUCCAAUGCCGGACAAGAUUUGUAUAUACGUGUGGAUGCAGCUGUACUAGCCCAAUAUUCAAAGAAUAAUGGCCUUAUUCGGAACAAGAGGAUGCUAGCAGUUCUCGUGGUUUCUGUUGCUGUAAUGUUGCCUCUUUUGGUCUCCCUUGUGUAUUGGCUGGUAAUGAGGAAUAAAAAAGCAAGCAGGGAAAGCAAAAAUAUGCUUAGUGUUACCUCAAGUUCAACAUACCUUCAAGAAUCUCCAAGUAGAAUAGGGGAGCUCGAUGGGAGUACAAGAAAUUCAGAUUUACCAUUCUUUGAUCUAAGUAUGAUAGUUGCAGCCACAGAUAAUUUCUCUGAUGCAAACAAGCUUGGAGAAGGUGGUUUUGGCACAGUUUAUAAGGGUCUCCUAGAUAAUCAGAAGGAAAUUGCAGUAAAAAGACUAUCAAAGUAUUCCGGACAAGGAGUAGAAGAAUUCAAAAAUGAAGUUGGAAUAAUUGCUAAACUCCAACACAGGAACCUUGUGAGGAUACUAGGUUAUUGUGUUCAUCGAGAAGAGAAGAUGCUAAUCUAUGAGUACUUGCCAAACAGAAGCCUGGACUUUUUCAUUUUUGAUGAAACAAAAAGGUCAUUGUUAGAUUGGGAAAAACGCUUUGAAAUUAUUUGUGGGGUUGCUCGAGGGCUCUUAUAUCUUCAUCAAGACUCAAGAUUAAGAAUUAUACACAGAGACUUAAAGGCCAGCAAUGUUCUCCUUGACAAUGCAAUGAAUCCAAAAAUUGCAGAUUUUGGUAUGGCUAGAAUCUUUGGCGUGGACCAAAUUGAAGCAAAAACAAAUCGCGUCGUUGGAACAUAUGGUUAUAUGUCACCAGAGUAUGCAAUGCAGGGGCUAUUUUCAGUGAAGUCUGAUGUAUUUAGUUUUGGAGUUUUGCUGCUGGAGAUCAUUACCGGCAAAAAGAACAGUGCUUAUUAUCAUGAUGGUCCCUCCUCAAAUUUGAUUGGGCAUGUUUGGGACUUAUGGAGAGAAAAUAAAGCCAUGGAAAUAGUUGAUUCAUCACUGGGUGAGCAAUAUGCUAAUGAAGUUUUGAGAUGUAUUCAAAUUGGGCUUUUGUGCGUGCAAGAAUAUGCAACAGAUAGGCUAACCAUGUCAGCAGUUGUUUUUAUGUUGGGUAAUGACACACAUCUUCCUCAUCCAAAACAACCUGCAUUUAUUCUGAGGAGCACUUGCAAUAGUAAAGAUAGAUCAAUUAGUGAAGGAACUAGUUCUAGAAAUGAAAUAACAAUUACUAUGAUUAAUGGUCGCUAACCACAUGCUGUUAGGUUCAGUGCACCAAUAUGUUGUUACAGCAUGAGAUUAAAUUCCUGUAAAUCUACUGUACAUUGAUUUUUUUAAGGGAUAACUUCAUUGGUUUGCCA